CCAUCCGGGUGCUGCGGCGCGGAUAAGAGCAGAACCGCGCCUGCGCGCCUGGCCCCGCUCUUUCGACCUCUGCCGCGGCUGCAGGUGCCGGUAAAGAGAGGAAGCGGGAGAGGAGCCCACGCCGCCUGUCACCCAAGUCCUCUAGCCGCGCCGCCCCGAAGAGUGUAAGAUGUUCGCCUGCGCCAAGCUCGCCUGCACCCCCGCUCUGAUCCGAGCUGGAUCCAGGGUUGCAUACAGACCAAUUUCUGCAUCAGUGUUAUCUCGACCAGAAGCUAGGACUGGAGAGGGCUCGACAGUGUUUAAUGGGGCCCAGAAUGGUGUGGCUCAGCUAAUCCGGAGGGAGUUUCAGACCAGUGCAAUCAGCAGAGACAUUGAUACUGCUGCCAAAUUUAUUGGUGCCGGUGCUGCAACAGUAGGAGUGGCUGGUUCUGGUGCUGGUAUUGGAACAGUCUUUGGCAGCCUCAUCAUUGGCUAUGCCAGAAACCCUUCACUGAAGCAGCAGCUGUUCUCAUACGCCAUCCUGGGAUUUGCCUUGUCUGAAGCUAUGGGUCUCUUUUGUUUGAUGGUUGCUUUCUUGAUUUUGUUUGCCAUGUAACAAAAAUUACUGCUAAAGAUGUUGGCAUUCAUAUUAAUUACGGAUAUAAUUGUGUGUAUCUUACUGUGACUCCGAAAACUGUAGUGUUGGUGUCAUGGAAAUGUACGUCUUUCCAAAGUCAUUUCAUUAAAGAUGAAAACUUUAA